CGACACACGCGACGCGCGGACACAGCGGCGCCCACCCGGCCAAGCCAAGACCCAACGAUGACUCUGAAUAAUGUCACCAUGCGCCAGGGCACUGUGGGCAUGCAGCCGCAGCAGCAGCGCUGGAGCGUUCCGGCUGAUGGCAGGCAUCUGAUGGUACAGAAAGAGCCCCACCAGUACAGCCACCACAACCGCCACUCUGCUGCCCCUGAGGACCACUACCGCCAAAGCUGGUCCUCUGACUCCACAGACUCAGUCAUCUCCUCCGAGUCGGGGAACACCUACUACCGGGUGGUGCUUAUAGGGGAGCAGGGGGUGGGCAAGUCCACUCUGGCCAACAUCUUUGCAGGCGUGCACGACAGCAUGGACAGUGACUGCGAGGUGCUAGGAGAAGAUACAUAUGAGCGAACCCUGAUUGUUGAUGGGGAAAGCGCAACAAUUAUACUCUUGGAUAUGUGGGAAAAUAAGGGGGAGAAUGAAUGGCUCCAAGACCACUGCAUGCAAGUUGGGGAUGCCUACCUGAUUGUCUACUCCAUUACAGACCGGGCGAGCUUUGAGAAGGCAUCUGAGUUGCGAAUUCAGCUCCGUAGGGCCCGGCAGACAGAGGACAUUCCUAUCAUUUUGGUUGGCAACAAAAGUGACCUAGUGCGGUGCCGGGAAGUGUCUGUAUCAGAAGGGCGAGCGUGUGCAGUGGUGUUCGACUGCAAGUUCAUCGAGACCUCAGCAGUGGUCCAGCACAACGUGAGGGAGCUGUUCGAAGGCAUCGUGCGGCAGGUCCGCCUGCGGCGCGACAGCAAGGAGAAAAACGAGCGGCGGCUGGCCUACCAGAAGAGGAGGGAGAGCAUCCCCAGGAAAGCCAGGCGCUUCUGGGGCAAGAUCGUGGCCAAAAACAACAAGAACAUGGCCUUUAAGCUCAAGUCCAAAUCCUGCCAUGACCUCUCUGUGCUCUAGGCACUCGAGUCACUCAGAUGUCCCCCUCGUGGACAUCGUUGAUGGCCUUGGGACAGCUAAUCUAUAUUAGAUUGGAUAUUUAAGUAUUAUUAGAUGUGGCAUUCCCCAUUGCAGCCGGGAGCUAAAGUGUUGGCCUCAUGGGCAACAUGAUGCAUGAGAAAUGAAAGAUCUUUGUAAAAAGUCAGUAUUUAUUUACAGGAAAAGCCUGACCUUGCUUCUCCAACACCCAAGACUCAGUAGGAUGUGUUCGGUGUUCACACGUGUUUCUUCUCUCCUUGGGAUAGCAUAGAAUUGAAGCUCGUGAAAAAAUUCCUUGAACAGGAACUUUUUCAUCAUUAUAGUAUUGCUCAGUGUUCUGAUCUGUGACUUUGAGGGCAAUGGGUCAUUAAUAAAUAGAGAAAAGCCAACAAAGUGUUUAUGCAAAGGAGGGAGGACUUUUUACAUACCUUAUAGCUGUGGAGCUAGAACUGUAGACCUGAGCUCAUCAAAAUUGUGACUCUUAUUGCUCCAUCUAACUGUGAAAAGAAAUUGCUGGAAACUAAAGCUUAGCACAUGGUUUUUGUUCGACACCCACAGAGACUUGUAAAAUUGGGAACUGAUACAUGUACCACUUGUAGGUUAAAAAUUAUAUCUUAAGUGUCAUAGUUUUUAUCAAGGGAUAAAUUAUUUAAAUCAGAUUCUACUUAAACCACCUUUUUUUUUUUAUUUUUAUUUUUGCAGCCAUAGAGCCAUCAUAAAAAUAUUUUUAAAAUCUGAAUUUAUUGAUAGCCUGGAGUACCAAAUGUCCAUUUUUAAAAUAUAAUCAAAGUUGAAUUUUUAUAAAACACAUAAGCAUAAAAAACUUCUAAUAUUUUGGGUUGACCCUAGUUUGCCACAGCUCUGCUCUAUUUAUUAUUAUUUUGCAAAAUAACCAUUUAAACAUUUGAUAAAGCAUAUUUAUGAACACAUUUCUUGUAAAGAAAAAUGUCCAUUUUAUUACCAUUUUCUAUCUUUUUCAAAAUAUGCAAGUUUUUACCUAUGUCUUAUAAUAAAAAAAUAAAAUCUUUGAAAAAAA